CCUGACAAAUAAUCUCUCUGGGAAAGACUGCUCAGACUGCUCAGACUGCUCUCAUCUCAGCCACAAUGGAGGACAAAGAAAAUUCAGGUGGCACUUUUGAUGGCGCAACUAACAAAUUGAUUUGUCAAGAGGACUUCAGCACAGAUGAGCACUUGCUCUACUCAAAUCAAGAAAAGCAGCAAGUGUCCAUGUCCAUGGUGAGAGCUGAAUCCAGUCUGAAUCAUUAUAGAGUUCUUGCAGUGAGCCUGGCAGUGCUCGCUGUCGUUCUUCUAGCUGUUGACAUUGGCCUGGGAGUCUAUUACAGCAAACUCACAAUAACAGACAUCAACAGUGAGCUGGCCAAACUGCAGGCUACUUAUAACACUACAACCCAAAGCAAGGAAGAGGUCAGGAAGCAGAUGGCAAGAAAAAUCAGUGAGCGCCAACGCACCAAGUAUGAGAUUGAACAUCAGAUUAGAAGAAGCAAAGACUAUGAAGAACUGACUAACAAAAUUCAAAAGCAAAUUGCAGUGUUGAAUUACCACAUACCAAUGAUGGAGGAGGGCUGCAGACAAGGCUGUUUACCCGGAUGGACUUUCAUGAACUCAGCAUGUUACUUCUUUGCUCUCUCUCAAGAAAUUUCACUCAGAUCAUGGAGUAGAGCCAGAUGGUUCUGUCAGAGGCUAGGAGGCGAUUUGGCAAAGAUAGACACCCGAGAGAAGCAUCUGGCAGUAAGUGAAAUGAUAAAUACUUACUAUGACCCCUCACUGUUUUCGGAAGAAGAAGAUACUGGCUUCUGGAUUGGACUAUCAGAUCAAAAAGAGGAAGGGAACUGGAAGUGGCCGGAUGAAACAGAGCUGACUGAGGGGUACUGGAAAAAUGGAGCACCCAUCAACUACGGUUUUGAGGAUUGUGUAGCUACGUAUCACGGCAAGCCCUACAUGGCCUGGGAUGAUAUUGCAUGCCAUCAUGACCUGAGAUGGAUUUGUGAAAUGGCACCAAGGUCUCCACUCCAGAGAACUUCAUCAGCUCAGCUGCUCCGUGUUACUGAACCGGCCCUGCAAUUUUUAAACCCUGGACUUUGUUCGUUCCAUUAUUCAGUCUCCUCUUAUCUGCCUGCCUGUCUCUCCAGCCACACUCUAUACACCAGUCGGUCUUCACCCCAGCCAUGCCUGCUGCCUAAUCCACCACCCUUUUCAUCACCACCUUCCCCUUUAAGAUUUUUGUAAUAAACCUUGGACCCUGGAGUCUGUUCUGCAUUUGGGUUACCUUUUAUCAUUGGUUGUUACACUGUAAAAACCACUUAGUGUUAACUUAAUCACUGAAGCUUGGAAGUCUGGUUCCCAAAUUUCCAAAUGGCUGUCAUCGUCAUGUGAAGAAAUCACAUGAAAAGCAGAGCACUAGCAGUGACCAGGGAUUCUGUGGGUAUAAACAGCUUGUGGAUCAAAUGUACCCACAUAUUGUAACAAAGCCAAUCAUGUCCAAAUUCAAAUCUGAAAAAUGCACCACAGUCUCUAAUGGUAGACACACUGUUAAACUAUGUUAUACAUAUACCUAAUAAACUGGCAAUGUAGUGUA